CCAGACUAGCGGUUGUUGAGGGUAGCUUCAUUUUUCAUGCUUUGUUCCCCUCUGUUAAUCAAAGCCUUCCUGUUUGGCAUCAGUCCAAAGUCCUAGCCGUCUGGAAUAUAAUCCGACUUCAUCCACCUCGUAAGCAUUCUAAUCUCUAUUAAUGGAAUCCCUUAUGAGUUGACUUACGCAGAGGCGGAGCCAAAACUAUUUAACCAAAAUAGUUCAGCACUUCACCUAUCCGUAUAUUAUAUUUCACCACCACCUACCACCACUCCUCCAGAGAGGGGAGAAGAAUAUUCUAUCCUAACCCAAGGAUUAACCCUCACGCGCUAUUCGCGCGACUACGACUAGUUGAUUCAGACAAACCAAAACCAAGGCUUUCACAAACUCUCGAUACGAUAAAUAUAUACAAGGAGUUAGUUGCAGCAGUGAUCCCGGUUUACUUUGGCUGCAAGGAACUCAUUGAUGGUUUGAUGUUUCUGUCCAAUCCGGGUGUUUCCCUUAUCUUAAGAGGCCAGUCAUCAACAAUUAUUUAAGGAUAAGUCUAAGUGACCAAGUAGGACUCUGACCCAAUUAAUAACAGUUGGAGGUUGCCGUUAGGCGGCUGGUGUUGGGAAUUUUAGGAAAUAAUGGCUGGUCCAACAGAUGACCAAAACCCAGUUCUUGAAAUUCACGGAAAGGUAAUAAAUCAAGAAAAUAAUAAAGCUAAAGACAAGGGAGGUGUUUUGUUAAGAGGAGAAGACAGUAACCCUAACCAGGGUGAGAGAGAGAUGUCUUCAAUUCACCGUUCAGGUUCCAGACCACAACUGGACCUCAGCAAGGCUGCAAUUCAAGGCAAUUUUGAGGAGAGAGAUCCUACUAUUUUGUUGCCUAAUCAAUCUGAUGAUAUCUCUCAUUUGGCUCUUGAUAUUGGAGGAUCUCUCAUCAAGUUGGUAUAUUUUUCAAGGCAUGAGGACCGACCAAUUGAUGAUAAAAGGAAGAAGACCGUUAAGGAGAGAUUAGGUAUUUCCAAUGGUAACAGGAGGAGCUACCCUGUUCUUGGUGGGAGGCUUCAUUUUGUGAAGUUUGAGACAACCAAGAUAAAUGAGUGCUUAGACUUCAUACAUUCCAAGCAGCUUCAUAAGGGUGGAAUUGAUUCAACCCAGUGGAAUUCCAAGGGCCCAGCCAAUGAGAAUGCUGUUAUUAAGGCUACAGGUGGUGGGGCUUACAAGUUUACUGACCUCUUUAAAGAAAGGCUUGGGGUUACUCUUGACAAAGAAGAUGAAAUGGAUUGUCUUGUGGCAGGAGCAAAUUUUUUGCUUAAGGCCAUUCGUCAUGAAGCUUUCACACACAUGGAGGGCCAAAAAGAGUUUGUGCAGAUUGACCAUAAUGAUUUGUUUCCGUAUCUUCUUGUAAAUAUAGGAUCCGGUGUUAGUAUGAUCAAGGUUGAUGGGGAUGGGAAGUUUCAGCGGGUCAGUGGGACAAAUGUUGGAGGUGGUACAUAUUGGGGAUUGGGACGGUUAUUAACUAAGUGCAAGAGUUUUGAUGAAUUGCUAGAGCUAAGUCAAAAGGGAGAUAAUAGGACAAUAGAUAUGCUAGUUGGAGACAUUUAUGGUGGCAUGGAUUACUCUAAGAUUGGUCUAUCAGCAUCAACCAUUGCAUCUAGUUUUGGAAAGGCUAUAUCUGACAAGAAGGAGCUGGAAGACCACAGGCCUGAAGAUAUUUCUUUGUCCCUCUUGCGUAUGAUAUCAUAUAACAUUGGGCAGAUAUCUUAUUUGAAUGCACUUCGGUUUGGUCUCAAACGUAUCUUUUUUGGAGGAUUUUUUAUAAGAGGUCAUGCUUAUACCAUGGACACAAUCUCCUUUGCUGUUCAAUUCUGGUCAAAAGGACAGGCACAAGCAAUGUUUUUGCGGCAUGAAGGGUUCCUAGGAGCUUUAGGUGCAUUCAUGAGUUAUGAAAAACACGGUCUGGAUGACUUGAUGGUCCAUCAAUUGGUUGAAAGGUUCCCAAUGGGUGCACCGUACACUGGUGGAAAGAUUCAUGGUCCACCACUUGGGGAUUUAAAUGAGAAGAUUUCUUGGAUGGAAAAAUUUGUCUUGAAAGGUACUGAGAUUACUGCUCCUGUACCUAUGGCUCCACCUGGAACCACCGGACUUGGAGGCUUUGAAGUUCCUUUAUCCAAAGGUGGCACUUUACGUCCUGAUGCAAGUGCAUUAAAUGUUGGUGUUCUGCAUCUCGUACCUUCAUUGGAGGUGUUUCCACUGUUGGCCGACCCUAAAGCAUAUGAGCCUAAUACCAUUGAUCUUACAGAUCACGGCGAGUUAGAGUAUUGGUUCACUGUGCUGUCAGAGCAUUUGCCAGACCUUGUUGAUAAGGCAGUGGCAAGUGAAGGUGGAACUGAUGAUGCUAAAAGAAGGGGAGAUGCAUUUGCUCGUGCAUUUUCUGCUCACUUGGCAAGGUUGAUGGAGGAGCCCGCUGCAUAUGGGAAGUUAGGCUUGGCCAAUCUUUUGGAAUUACGGGAAGAAUGCUUAAGAGAAUUCCAAUUUCUUGAUUGCUAUAGAAGCAUAAAGCAGAGGGAAAAUGAGGCAUCGCUAGCUGUCUUACCUGACUUAUUGGUGGAGCUGGACAGUAUGAGUGAGGAGACUAGACUACUUACACUUAUUGAGGGUGUACUUGCUGCAAACAUAUUUGACUGGGGGUCUCGAGCCUGUGUGGAUCUUUAUCACAAAGGAACAAUUAUUGAAAUUUAUAGAAUGAGUCGCGACAAAAUGCAGAGACCUUGGCGGGUGGAUGAUUUUGAUGUCUUCAAGGAGAGAAUGUUUGGGUCUGGGGAGAAGAAGCCUCAACCACAUAAGAGAGCUUUACUCUUUGUGGACAACUCUGGUGCUGAUAUAAUUCUAGGGAUGCUACCCCUGGCUCGGGAGCUCCUGAGACGGGGAACUGAAGUUGUUUUGGUUGCUAAUUCACUCCCUGCACUGAAUGAUGUAACUGCUAUGGAGCUCCCUGAUAUUGUAGCUGAGGCUGCCAAGCAUUGUGACAUUCUUCGCAGGGCUGCCGAGGCAGGAGGCUUAUUGGUGGAUGCAAUGGUUAAUACUUCAGAUGGUAGCAAAGAGAAUUCAUCUUCAGUUCCUCUGAUGGUAGUUGAGAAUGGGUGUGGAAGUCCGUGCAUUGACCUAAGGCAAGUCAGCUCUGAUCUAGCAGCUGCUGCAAAAAAUGCUGAUCUGAUUAUUUUGGAAGGGAUGGGUAGAGCUCUGCAUACCAACUUUAAUGCUCGGUUUAAAUGUGAUGCUCUGAAGCUUGCAAUGGUGAAGAAUCAGAGGCUGGCAGAAAAAUUGAUUCAAGGGGACAUAUACGACUGUGUUUGCAGAUACGAGCCAGCAAGCUAACCUUCAGUUCAUUAAAUUGAUGAGGAAGUCAACCAUCCAGAGCAAUGGGCAAUAGAUUCAUUGGUCUUUCUUUUCUUCUGCUUGUAAAAGACAGACAAAUGAUAAGUGUGGUGGCCUUAAGGGUGGGUAACUGGGGCGGCCCCUUAACAUGAUUUAAGAAGAAACUGUAUCUCCAUCUUCCCUAAGUUUUAAGGUUGUAACCUGUGCGUGUUUAAUUUUAGGCCGAAUGACCUUAAACCCCCCCACCCCUCAUGGUUUGUCUCAAUGACACUUUCUUACCCAUUAAUUUGAAAAAAAACAUUUCCCCA